GGGAGGAGGUCCCUGGGAGAGGCUUCUCCUGAUGGGCCUCAGCCCGGAGAAGCCGGCGCGAUGGCUGCUCUUUACCAGAGCGCCGACCCCUCGGCCUCGGCUUCCCCGAACAAGCUCCUGGCGCUGAAGGACGUGAGGCAGGUGAAGGAGGAGACCACCCUCGACGAGAAGCUUUUUCUGCUGGCUUGCGACAAAGGUGACUAUUACAUGGUGAAGAAACUUUUGGAGGAGAAUAGCUCUGGUGAAAUGAACAUAAAUUGUGUGGAUGUGCUUGGAAGAAAUGCCAUUACCAUAACAAUUGAAAAUGAGAAUCUAGACAUCUUACAGCUUCUCCUGGAUUAUGGGUGUCAGUCUGCAGAUGCACUCUUGGUGGCUAUUGACUCAGAAGUUGUGGGGGCUGUGGAUAUACUACUUAAUCAUCGACCAAAGCGAACCAGUAGACCAACAAUUGUUAAAUUAAUGGAACGUAUUCAGAAUCCAGAAUAUUCAACAACCAUGGAUGUGGCCCCUGUAAUUUUGGCUGCACAUCGAAACAACUAUGAAAUCCUUACUAUGCUGUUAAAACAAGACGUGUCACUACCCAAACCUCAUGCUGUGGGCUGUGAAUGCACUUUAUGUACAGCAAAGAACAAAAAAGAUAGUUUGCGGCACUCCAGAUUCCGACUUGACAUCUACCGAUGUUUGGCUAGUCCUGCCUUAAUAAUGUUAACAGAAGAAGAUCCAAUUCUGAGAGCCUUUGAGCUAAGUGCAGAUUUAAGAGAACUUAGUCUUGUAGAGGUUGAAUUCAGAAACGAUUAUGAAGAGCUAGCCCAGCAGUGUAAAACCUUUGCUAAAGAUUUGCUUGCACAGGCACGGAAUUCUCGGGAGCUUGAAGUUAUAUUGAAUCAUACAGCAAGUGAUGAGCAUGUGGAUAAACGUGGACUGUUAGAAGAGAGAAUGAAUUUGAGUCGCCUAAAGCUUGCUAUUAAGUAUAAUCAAAAGGAGUUUGUUUCUCAGUCUAAUUGCCAGCAAUUUCUCAAUACUGUCUGGUUUGGACAGAUGGCUGGUUACCGUCGCAAGCACACAUUUAAGAAGAUUUUGACAGUCUUGACUGUUGGCAUCUUUUGGCCACUGCUCUCUGUUUGUUAUUUACUAGCGCCAAAAUCUCGAAUAGGUCGAAUAAUUCAUACUCCUUUUAUGAAGUUUAUUAUUCAUGGAGCUUCAUAUUUCACAUUUCUACUGUUACUUAACUUAUACUCAGUUGUGUACAAUGAAGAUAAAAAAAACACAAUGGGACCAGCAUUGGAAAGAAUAGACUACCUUCUUAUCCUUUGGCUUAUCGGAAUGGUAUGGUCAGAUGUGAAAAGACUUUGGUAUGAUGGCUUAGAGGACUUCUUAGAAGAAUCCCGAAAUCAACUUAGUUUUGUCAUGAAUUCACUUUAUUUGGCAACUUUUGCUCUCAAGGUGGUUGCUCAUAAUAAGUUCCAUGAUUUUGCUGAGAGGAAGGAUUGGGACGCCUUCCAUCCAACACUGGUGGCAGAAGGUCUCUUUGCUUUCGCUAAUGUUCUCAGUUAUCUCCGACUUUUCUUCAUGUAUACUACCAGCUCUGUCCUAGGUCCACUUCAGAUUUCCAUGGGGCAAAUGUUGCAAGACUUUGGAAAAUUUCUUGGAAUGUUUCUUCUUGUGUUGUUCUCAUUUACUAUUGGGUUGACCCAACUGUAUGAUAAAGGAUUCCCAGUGAAUGAAGAAAAGGAUUGUGCUGGUAUCUUCUGUGAACGGCAAAGCAACAACACAUUCCACUCGUUUAUUGGAACCUGCUUCGCUCUGUUCUGGUAUAUAUUCUCCCUUGCACACGUAGCCAUAUUUGUUACCAGAUUUAGCUAUGGUGAAGAACUGCAGUCUUUUGUGGGUGCUGUUAUUGUUGGCACAUAUAAUGUUGUAGUAGUGAUUGUCCUUACCAAGCUCCUGGUGGCAAUGCUUCAUAAAAGUUUUCAGUUAAUAGCAAACCAUGAAGAUAAAGAAUGGAAAUUUGCUCGUGCUAAGCUAUGGCUGAGCUAUUUUGAUGACAAAUGUACUCUGCCUCCACCUUUCAAUAUAAUUCCUUCCCCCAAGACUAUAUGCUAUCUAUUUAACAGCCUCAGUAAGUGGAUCUGUUCUCACACCUCAUCAGGUAAAGUCAAGCGACAAAAUAGUUUAAAGGAAUGGAAAAAUCUGAAACAAAAGAGGGAUGAGAAUUACCAAAAGGUGAUGUGCUGCUUAGUUCAUCGGUAUUUAACUUCAAUGAGACAGAGAAUGCAAAGUACUGACCAAGCGACUGUAGAAAACCUGAAUGAACUACGACAAGACUUAUCAAAAUUCCGAAAUGAAAUGAGAGACUUACUUGGGUUCCGGACUUCAAAAUAUGCUAUAUUUUAUCAAAGAAACUAAGAUUUCAAAUAAAAUUUUGAAGUAUUAUCAAUCCAAAAAUUUUUAAAAAGUUUCUUGUUAGUACAUUUUAAAAAUGUGAAUGCUCGAAUUGCAGUGAAUUUCAAUUGUGAAAAAAAAUCCAUACUUUUCUAAAAGCUUUUUAUGAUAUAUGCAGUAUGCUCAACUUGUCUGUAGUCUGCAAAAGAUAAAUAUUCCAUCAAGUAGGUAUUUGACAAGCCUCAGUAACAACCGAGGAUGACUUUUCCCUGCACUAUUCCAUUUUUGAGAAGGACAUGACUGUAUUUCCCCUUCCCCAUCAUAUGGAAGAUAUCACAAAUAACCUUUAAAAGUUUUAAAAAUAAUUUAUAUAUACUGGACUAUUUUAAAAGGGCACAUUUGUGGAAAUGUCAUCCUUAACAUUUCUAAAGGACUACUGGAAGAGAUAGAAAAGUUUAAAAUGUGAAAGGCUUAAUCAUUGUUAAAGUAAUUUAAAUCUUUGACAUUAUUUUGUACUCAGUGUCACUGAAUUAUACCAAAGAUUUUAAUGUUUUAGAACUAAAUUUGUUAUCUCCCCCCCCAUAUAAAAAUGGUGACUGAGUAAAAAAUAUUUAACAGACAAUCUGAAGGUACCACCUCUAACUAAAAUUAAAGUUGUUUUCAAAUGAGUAUUUACAAAGUAUUACACAACAUACUAUAUGCAAUGUCUACAUUAUUUCUAGUAUAUCUUCUGUAGAAGUUAAAUGCCACAUUUAUUCAUUUAUUCUAUUGUAUCAAUUUGAUUUGAAACCAGAGCAUUAGCUAUGGAAAGUAACUAUUACUCUUAAGAAUGUGGGUGAAAUAUAAGCAAUGAUACUAGGCUGCUGUACUGAAAUGUUUCCUUGAAUGGAAAUAUUUUCCUGUUAAGUUUAUAACACAGCAGAGAGAUUAUGAUCUCAACCUAAUUGUGGUUAUAUUUAAGCUCCAUUUAGGAUACAAGAAGUUUGGUCCCAUUGAUUUAACUGAACGCUUGCCAAACCAGGAUUGGCGUGUUUCUCUUUGUAGGCAAUACUCUAUGAAGCUAUCAAUAGUUUUGUAGUCCUACUCCCUAAUGUGAAUGCAUUUCACUUUGUUUUCUUAAUACAUAUACAUGUGUCAAGUGUUAUGUGGUUUAUUUAUAUUGUAAAUUAUGGUAUCUGCAGGUUCAUUCUGCUUGGCAGGUAUGGAGAAUGAGGAGGCCAUGAGUACAGAAUACUUUUGCUAAUGUACAUACAGUAAACAGAAAGACUUCAUUAUGUUAUGUGUGAGAUUUUAGUUCUACAUGUAAGAUGAUGGGUAAAAGUCCAGAUAGUGUUAGGCUUGGUGUACACACUGAGAUCUUUGAUCUUUUAACUAUUAGAAAAGCCCUUAAUCCUCUGCUAUGCUUCACACUGCAAAGAAGGGUGCUUAUAUUUUUGUAUCUGUCUCUAGCAAUGCUGUGCUUAACAUCAUGAUAUGUAAAUGUGUUAUUAGGCAUUGAUGAGUCUGCUAUAGAUAAAAGCUUACAGAAUGUAAGGCUAAAAGGGCCUAAGUAUUCACAACUGAUAACAGUGUCUGAAACAAAGACAGAAUUGCAUUAAAGUCAACAUUCCUCCUUCUGAGCCAAUUUUUGGUAAAACUAUUUGGAGGGGUACUACUAAAUUUUGUGUAUUUUAGAAUAUAUGUAUCACUCAGAUCUGUUUCCAAGAAAAGACGUUGAUUGAAUUCUUAUCACUGGAAAGCAAAUACAAGAUUCUGCUUAAGAUGUCUGAA